AACAUGAUAAGUGAUAACUGGACCAAAUGUCAAAAUGUUUUAAUUUUGUUGCUUAAUAAUUAUGAGUGUUGUUUAUUUUUAACCAGAAUUAAGGAUGGUACGAUAUAAAAACCGUUACAUGGUUGUCCAAUUAAGAACAUUGGAAGAUGAUAAUUUAGAUUUUAAAAUUUCUGAUAGAGAAUUACAAAUAACAGUAUUGAACAUGAUUAAAUCAUUACAUGGAGAUUUUGGAGCUGGAGCUAUUAAAACAUGUUUUAAAGUUCGGUAUUGUAAUCCAACAACAAAAAUUAUCAUUUUUAAAACCAGACACGGUCCUCAUCAAUUUCUCUCUUCUGUUAUACCUUUCAUUAAUAAACUUCAAGAGAAACAAAUUCAAUUAUCAACACUUUAUACUGGUGCUUCCAUGUUUCAAUGUUAUAAAUUUAUUCAGAGUUAUCAAAAAGAUCUUGUAAGAAAAGUAACUGAUACAAUAAGUGAGAAAACCAAAGAAAAAAUGUUAACUAUCACUAAUGUAUUAAAUUUUUGAUUUUCCUAAAGAUAGGUUUUUUAAAUUUUAAAUUUUUUCAACUAUAACUAGUGCGUAUCCAAUUUUGGCCAGUUUAUGGGAUAACUUAGUAUGACUUUCAACUUUUCAAGGUAGUUCAUAAGGAACAAUGUCGAUUGAAGCGACUUUAUUAUAAAUAUAGACAUGUAAUUUAUUUUGGCGAAUUUCCAAUUAAAAUAUACUAAGAAUGUCUGAUAUCACCCAAUUAUAUGGAAUAUAUAAUAUAGUUUACAACAUUUCAUAAUCAAUUUUAAAAGUCUUAUGGUCUAAAUAAACUAUAAUAUUUUCAAUAGGAAAUGAUUUAAUACAACUAUUUUUUCAACAUUUCAAAUAUUCAUGUGUUACAUACUUACAUAUAUGCCCUAACUACCACCACCCCUCAAGAAUUAUUGAAAUAUAUUUGUAUAUUUCAUAUCUGUAUCUGUAAUAACUAAUAAGCUAAUUAGUCCAUGGUCAAAAAUUGAUGCUUAAUUAAUAUUAACAUCAAUUUGGGUCUGCAAAAAAGUUAACUAGUGCAUUUAGUAUGAACCAAAUCAUGACAGAUAUUGUAACUUGUAAGAUUUAUUACUAUAAGAAAAGAUUAAUAUGGAG